AUGUCGCACUCGGGCGGUGUGGUGGAGACGCUUCGACGCAGUGCUUCGCCUGGCACGCUGAAGCGCAAGCGUGACGGCCACUCUGCACCUAAUACCUUCUCCAAGGCCGCCAAGCUGUCUCACGCCACCACCUCAUCCACCAACGCGCACCGCCCUGGUGGCAUCGGCGCGAACGGUGACGCUCACAAGCAAUACCGCUCACCCGAUUCGGAUGAAACUGCGGACUCGGGUGAUGUUAUCCGUGGAGUUGGCUCUGCGAGUUCACUUGCGAGUACAGCUUCUUCACACUCACAUGCUUCUGCGUCGAACCGCAAGAGCUCGCGCGCCAACGGACUAACCCCGCUUACAAGCAUGUCGGACUCAACACCGCCAAAGCAGCACAGUCCCUCCAACGAAGAGAUGGCGACAUUCGGCGCCGUCGAUACCGCUUCUCAUAUACCUGCCUCGAAUGCCACACUUGAGCCCUGUUCAGCGCAAAAAGAGCGGCCUCGAAUGCUACCGCCACCAGGCAAAGCAAAAGGGUACAGAGUGGUUUGGGAUCCGGACUUAGACAACAAGCUCGGCAAAGAGGAGCGAAAGCGCGCUACACUUCGUAAGAGAGACUUCGGCACAGAGGUACGAGACUCUUUUCAUAUUUUGCUGAGCUUGCAUCCACGGCUUGCCAUUCCUGGCUAUAUGUCAGGUCAGUGCAGAAGCAAGGAUCGACCCAGUAAGGCGAUCUGGCGGCCGGCGCCGUACAACAUCCCGCCGUUUAAGAUCGACCGGAAUUCCAUUGGUCCUGGCGAGGCGCAACAAGUAGUGGUGCUUGGAUUCGAUCCUUUUCUGCCUGAAGCGACGUUGAAACUCAACUUUAGCACUUUCGGAAGUGUCGCAAUAGUGCAGCACAAGACCGAUCCGGAGACUGGCAGCUUCCUUGGAAUUGCCUCGAUUAAGUAUCGCGACACAUUCCGAGAUGGUGUGGAAGUCAAGGCGGUGGAGUCUGCGAAGCGAGCAGAGAGUGAGUUCAACGGCUCGCGCAUCGGCUUACACACGGUCAAAGUUGAGGUGGACCGCGAAGGCCGCAGGGUGAAGAAGUACGUAGAAGCUGCGCUGAAGAAGGCGAAAGAUGAGCGUGCAAAGGAGCGCAAGGCUAGCUUGGCUCCUCCGCCACCACCGAAAGCCGCGGCGAGACCACCAACAGACUCUCCGGUACCUCCAUCGAAACCUCCACCGAAUGCGCCGAAAGGCCCAUCAGGGAAGCAUGCGCCAAUUGUUCGAGAGGUCAAUCGAGACAUCAAGCCUCCGGAAGGCCCUCGAGCGGCAACGCUUCCCAACCCCAAAUCUACGGCAACAUCACUAAUCGAAGGCGACUUGGUGCUGAGCAAGAUCAAGCGCAAGCCAUACAUUCACAUUCCGCAAAGCUCAGUGCCUGUGCUGGGCACCACAAUACCACAUUUAAAGAAGCGGCUAAAAGCGUUCGACUGGCGAGAAGUCAGGCUUGACCGGACCGGCUACUAUGUCAUUUUCGAAGACUCAAAGCGUGGCGAGGAGGAGACAGAGCGUUGCUUCAACGAAUGCAACAUGGCCGCCUUGUUCACGUACAAGAUGGCUAUGGACUGCCAAAGGUACGGCAAUCCGGAAUACGAGCGCAGUCCCACUCCCGAGCGCAUGGUGGCCGACAAGCACAAGCGCGAGAACUUUGAGCGCCUGAAGCGCGAAGAGGAAGAAGAUCUGGAAAUCGAGAAGAAGCACCGCGCUGAGAACCUAGAUCCGGUGCUUGGCGCGCUCGAGCAGCUGCGCAGAGAGCUCCACGACAAGAUUCUCGGUGACAUCAAGACACGCAUCGCGAUACCCAUAUUCCAUGACAGCCUAGACCCUGCAAAACAUGCAGUCAAACGCAGGAAGCUAGGGCUUCCAGACCACGCAGACAAUGAGAACAAAGCCACGCCUUUGCUCUUCAACAAAGCCGGAGAAACAUCGCCUCACACGCCGAAAGGCCGGCACGGCCAUCCUCUGUCUCACUCCAAGCCAUUGCGACCGCACGAUCCGCAUGCUCAACGUGGCAGGAAAGGCGAGCGCGACCGUGGCGUUCCUGCUAACGCUUUCGUGGACGAGAGAAGGCGACGUCCUGCGCCACGGCCUACGCACGCGCGAAACCUGCAGUUUAGGUUGCAGCAAAUGUAUGCGGAUGAGGAUGAUUCAGACGAUGAGCGCCGGACCUCGCUCACGCGGGAUACGGAGGAUCAAGAAAGCAGACCGCUUAGUCGGGCAAGCCGGACCUCUACUCCCUUCGAUACGGACUCUAUCGCGGGUGAGACGCCGAAACACAAACGGCGCAAGAUCGCUGAUUGGGAUGAAGAGGAGAAGGAGGUGUUUGAUGGCUUGCAAAAGCAGUUGCUUGGUCAUCUGCUGCAUAAGGAGCCGGAAGACCUUGCAACACGCGAGCUGGAGCUGGUGGUCAAUACUCUGCCGAGAAGUUCGAAGUAUGCGACAAGGGCGCGGACUGAACUGUACAUUCGACAGCGGUCGAAGGCGGAUGAUGAUUUGUUCCUGGUCAUGAGUGAGCCAGGAAAGGUUGAAGAUGUAGAGAUGCGCGAUCGAGAUGAGGAGGAGGCUACGCCAUCGCUUGAGACGGAUGUUAAAGCGAUCAAAGAGAAGGCGAAGAGGAAGCGGAAAACGAAGAAGCAGAUUUUGGAGGAGCAAGCAGCGCUCAAGGCUGAGCUGAAGCAAGUGGAAGAGGACAGCAAGCCGGUUGUGGAAGAUGCUGUCACUAAGCUUGAGGAGAAGGAAAUCGAGCUCGAAGCUGUCGAAGAGCUGGAACAGCGAGGCUUGGCAUGGUGUCUCACCCACGACAAACCGCGCCGGGUUGUGGAAGAUCCAUACGACCUGCUCUUGGACAUCGAUGGCUGGCAAGAGAUCAUUAAGGACGACGAGGACUUCGCUUUUGCCAAGAAAGCUCUCGCUGAUGAGGCAGCAUAUGACUUCGGCAAUGCCGCACUUUGGGCCUGGAAGCAGAAGGAAAUCAAAGCGCUCAACACCGGCCUCCAUGGGCCCGUACAACAUCCCGACACGCUGAUCGAAGGGUACUACGUGCCCAAUCCAUCCGGCUCCGCUCGCACAGAGGGCGUUACGAAGAUACUCAACGAGGAGAAAUCCAAGUACCUGCCUCACCGCAUCAAAGUGCAAAAAGCAAGAGAAGAGCGCCAGGCACUGGCCAAAGCCAACCCGGCUGCCGCGGUAGAGGCGGCGAAGCUUGCGGCUGCGGAGAAGAGCGCGAGCACGGCGACAAGCCGCAGUAACCGCGUCAACAACCGGAGGUUGGUCAACGACAUCAACCUGCAGAAGCAAGCCAUUGUCGCCAGCACCACCUCCACCGCCGAACGCGACAUUGACGUUGCAGUCCGCUUCAACCAGCUCAAGAAGCGCAAGAAGCUUGUCAAAUUCGACCGUUCGGCCAUCCACGGCUGGGGCCUUUACGCCGAAGAGAACAUCACCGUCAACGACCUCAUCAUCGAGUACGUCGGCGAAAAGGUCCGGCAGAAGGUCGCGGACCUCCGCGAAUUGCGGUAUGAGAAGCAGGGUGUCGGAAGUUCUUACCUCUUCCGGAUGAUGGACGAUGAGAUUGUGGAUGCGACGAAGAAGGGUGGGAUUGCGAGAUUCAUCAAUCACUCUUGCAGUCCGAAUUGCACAGCGAAGAUUAUCAAGGUGGAGGGGACGCCGAGGAUUGUUAUCUACGCGCUUAAGGAUAUUGGGAAGAAUGAGGAGCUUACGUACGAUUACAAGUUCGAGCGCGAGUAUGGCUCGACUGACCGGAUACCAUGUCUUUGCGGGACAGCGAAUUGCAAGGGCUUCCUUAACUGA